AUGAAGAUUUCCGCCCUUCUUCACUGGCCGCGGCUCCAGUUGCAGGGGGAGUCACGAUGGACGAAUAAGGAUCUAGACCCUGUGCCACAAGAUCAACGACAAUGGACAGUCCUCAGUUUCAUUGGAUACUGGAUUUCGGAUUGCUUUUCGGUUGCGAAUUGGCAGCUAGCGAGCAGCAUCAUUGCUAUUGGACUAUCAUGGAAAGAUUCGUUGGGGAUGGUUGCUCUGGGAUUCUUCAUCCUAUCAAUUGUGAUAUCCCUGAACGGAGCCAUCGGAGCUAUAUACCAUAUCCCGUUUCCGGUCAUUGCACGUGCAAGCUGGGGAUUCUGGGGCUCCUAUAUUCCUAUCAUUUCAAGAUUGAUUCUUGCUGUGUUUUGGUUCGCCACUCAGGUUGUGAAUGGGGGGAAUUCGAUGGCUGCCAUGAUUGGAGCUAUCUGGCCAAGUUUCCUUGAUAUCCCAAAUGCGCUUCCAGAGGGUGAAGGCAUUACCACCCAGGGUAUUAUCGGAUUUUUCAUCUUUUGGCUUCUUCAGAUCCCAUUUCUCCUUGUCCAUCCAAACAAGCUGCGUUGGCUAUUCCUAGCGAAGGCUAUCGUCGUGCCAGCUGCAUGGAUCGCUAUGCUCGUCUGGGCUUUUGUCAGUACGUCAAAUUCAGACAAGCUCUUUUCACAAAAGAGUCAAUUGUCUGGCUCCUCCUACUCCUGGGCCAUGAUGUCUGCCUUAACAUCAGUCAUCGGAAAUUAUGCGAAUUUGAGCGUCAGCCAAGCAGACUUUUCGCGAUAUUCCAGCGUCAACCCUCGGUGGCAUACACUCUAUGUUGUUCUACUCCCAGGAAUGUUCACGCUCAUCGCAUUCAUCGGCAUCGCAGUCUCCUCGGCUGGACAGGUCAAAUAUAAUACCGAAUCAAUCCCUUGGGAUCCAAACGUUCUUGUUUCAUUAUGGAACAAUCGAGCUUGUCAAUUCUUCGGGGCAUUUUCCUUUGCCCUCGCCGCACUUGGGUCCAACAUCUCUGCAAACUCGAUUGCAGCGGCAAAUGACUUAUCUGCUCUAGCACCUCGAUUUAUUAAUAUUCGCCGUGGUCAACUCCUUUGCGCUUUAUUCGCCUGGCCACUGGUUCCCUGGAAGAUACUCGCAUCGGCCGGCAAUUUUCUGAAUUUCAUGGUCGCCUAUGCGAUUUUCCUCGGACCUAUCGCUGCUAUUAUGGUUUGCGAUUACUGGAUCAUUAAAUGCCGAAAAUACGACUCUGUCGCCUUAUAUCAGCCUAUGGGCAUCUACCGGUACUUCCACGGGUUCAAUUGCCAUGCUCUGGUGGCUUUUAUCGUCGGGACAGUACCCAGCCUCCCUGGCUUGAUGAAUUCAGUAAAUGCAAGCAUUAAAAUUGGAGUUGGAGUUCAUCCAUAUGAAUUUGGCUGGCUGUUAGGGUUCGUCAUCAGCACGAUGGUGUAUGUCGGUUUGAGCAUUGUCUUCCCUUACAUCGAUUCGCAAAUAGAUGCCGCGAUUCUUCCAGACGACAUUUUGCAAGACGUUGAAAUGGAUGGGAAGGGUCUAGACAUUGCGGCUAAAGAGUAA